GCUCCUCCCUCUUCUUUAGACUGCCACGAGGAAAAAGCAGAUGUGAGAACUCAAGGUUCAGGACUGCUCUUCUAAGAAACAAGUCUGCCAAAAUCUCCAGCUGUGUUGGAAUCUGUUAACUAAUGAACUAGUCUCUGUGCAAAUCCUGAGUGCUAAAGCUUCCAACAAGACUGAUGCUAGCCUGUGUCACUAUGAAGAUGCUACGUCAUGCCAAGUGUUUUCAGCGCCUAGCAAUUUUUGGUUCUGUGAGGGCAUUGCAUAAAGAUAAUAGAACAGCAACCCCUCAGAAUUUCUCCAACUAUGAAUCCAUGAAACAGGACUUCAAACUGGGGAUUCCAGAGUAUUUCAACUUUGCUAAAGAUGUCCUGGACCAAUGGACUGAUAAGGAAAAGGCUGGAAAGAAACCUUCAAAUCCAGCCUUCUGGUGGAUCAACAGAAAUGGAGAAGAGGUGCGAUGGAGUUUUGAGGAACUGGGAUCUCUGUCCAGAAAAUUUGCCAAUAUACUUUCAGAAGCCUGUUCCCUACAAAGAGGAGAUCGGGUAAUUCUGAUUCUGCCCAGGGUCCCAGAGUGGUGGCUUGCAAAUGUGGCCUGUUUGCGAACAGGGACAGUUUUAAUUCCAGGAACCACUCAGCUGACCCAGAAAGACAUUCUCUACAGACUACAAUCUUCAAAAGCAAACUGCAUUAUCACCAAUGAUGUUUUAGCCCCAGCAGUAGACGCUGUUGCACCCAAAUGUGAAAAUCUGCACUCCAAGCUGAUUGUAUCAGAGAACUCCAGAGAGGGGUGGGGGAACCUCAAGGAGAUGAUGAAACAUGCCAGUGACAGCCACACCUGUGUGAAGACAAAACACAAUGAGAUCAUGGCCAUAUUCUUUACCAGUGGAACAAGUGGAUAUCCGAAAAUGACUGCACACACCCACAGCAGUUUUGGUUUAGGAUUAUCUGUAAAUGGAAGGUUCUGGCUAGAUUUGACACCCUCAGAUGUGAUGUGGAAUACCUCAGAUACGGGCUGGGCAAAGUCUGCAUGGAGUAGUGUUUUUUCUCCCUGGAUCCAGGGAGCAUGUGUAUUCACACACCAUUUACCCCGUUUUGAGCCGACUUCUAUCUUGCAAACACUCUCCAAGUACCCCAUCACAGUCUUCUGUUCAGCACCAACUGUAUACCGAAUGCUUGUACAGAAUGAUAUGGCCAGCUAUAAGUUUAAAAGCUUAAAGCACUGUGUGAGUGCUGGGGAACCAAUCACCCCUGACGUGACUGAAAAAUGGAGAAACAAGACGGGCCUGGAUAUCUACGAAGGAUAUGGACAGACUGAAACGGUGCUAAUCUGUGGAAAUUUUAAGGGAAUGAAAAUUAAACCUGGCUCAAUGGGAAAACCUUCUCCUGCUUUCGAUGUUAAGAUUGUAGAUGUAAAUGGCAAUGUUCUACCUCCUGGACAAGAAGGAGAUAUUGGCAUUCAAGUUCUACCUAACCGACCAUUUGGCCUUUUUACUCACUAUGUAGAUAAUCCUUCAAAAACAGCUUCAACUCUACGAGGCAAUUUCUAUAUCACUGGGGACAGAGGAUAUAUGGAUGAAGAUGGGUAUUUCUGGUUUGUUGCAAGAGCAGAUGAUGUCAUAUUAUCCUCUGGUUAUCGAAUUGGACCAUUUGAGGUAGAAAAUGCCCUGAAUGAACACCCUUCAGUUGCAGAGUCAGCUGUUGUCAGCAGCCCAGACCCCAUCAGAGGAGAGGUAGUAAAGGCUUUUGUCGUUCUAAAUCCUGAUUACAAGUCACAUGAUCAAGAACAACUAAUAAAGGAGAUUCAGGAGCAUGUUAAAAAAACCACAGCACCUUACAAAUAUCCCAGAAAGGUAGGCAUCCUAAUUAUAACGAAUAUUGGCUCAGUGUUGUGGACAACUUCAACUGUUUAUUUUUACAUUUUAAUGAAUAUUUUCUUCACACAUGCUACACCACAUGUCCCAAACUGAACUGAUGACAUAUGGGUAAGAAUCAGAAUCUUUGAGAUUAAAAUGAAACCCUGAACCUAUUUUGUUUGGUCCUUUGGCUUACUGGACUCACAGUAAAUACUUAAUAUCAAGACACGUUUCCUAACAAUACCCUUUUCCCUAUUUUGGUUGUUACCCAAAACCCAUUCCAAAGACUAUUCUAAUUCUUCCACCUAGAAUUCAUAAUCAAACUGCUAUAUAAUUGGCUUUAUGUAAAGAUAAAAAUUUCCAGACUAAUUUUCUUCCCUUUGAUGCCAACAGGUAGAAUUUAUUCAAGAGCUGCCAAAGACUAUCAGUGGGAAGACAAAAAGAAAUGAACUGAGGAAGAAAGAAUGGAAGACAAUUUAAAGUUGUUUCAUUAAUUACCAUAUCUAUAAAACAAACAUAGUAUCUGUCAAUCUCUAGAAACCACAA